AUGUCAUCCUCUCUUUCUGCUCCAUCAUUCGAUGAGAUUCGUGCAGCUCAAUCUCGUCUACGUGAUAUUGCUAUUUGCAGUCCACUUCUUAAACUUGACUAUCAAAUUCCUGGAGUGGAAAUUUAUUUGAAAUGCGAACAAUUUCAACUCACAUCAUCAUUUAAAAUACGUGGUGCUGCCAACAUUGUCAAGAUUCUAUCAAUGAAACAGAAAGAAAAUGGAAUUGUUACAGCUUCAUCUGGUAAUAUGGCACAAGGUCUUAGUUGGAUAGCCAGAGAGGAAAAUGUCAAAUGUCGAAUAUUGGUACCUGACACGACCAAUGAAGUAAAACUAAAAGCAAUUGAACGACUUAGUGGCGAGAUUACUAAAUGUACUUUUGAUGAGUGGUUUCAAGUAAUUUUAAGUGGUCAAUGUCCAAUGUUAGAUGGAUAUUUUAUUCAUCCGGUACGCGACCGACAUGUUAUGGCUGGACAUGGAACAAUUGCAUUAGAAAUAUUAGAUCAAUUACCUGACUGUGAUGCCAUACUUGUUCCAUACGGUGGUGGUGGCUUGAUUACUGGCAUUGUAUCUGCAGUUAAACAUUUAAAACAAUCUAUCGAUGUAUUUGCUUGUGAAAUCGAAACUGCGGCACCUCUCUCUGCCGCUUUGAAUGCUGGUGAAAUCGUCAAAAUUCCAAUCAAAAAUUCAUGGGUGGAUGCUAUUGGUCAUGCAAGUAUCAUGAAAGAAAUGUGGCCAUUGGUCAAAGAUUGUAUUGAUGGUUCAAUUGUUGUUACAUUGAAAGAAACAGCUGAUGCAUUGAAAUUAUUAAUAGAAAGAAAUCAUAUGAUAUGUGAAGGAGCAAGUGCAACUGCACUGGCCGCCGCAUUAUGGCACUAUCCAAAUUUAUUACAACAUGGUAAAGCUGGCCUGAGAAGAAAACCAGGGAACGAACCUAUAAAAGUGGUAGUCAUACUAUCCGGUGCAGGCAUCGGUACUGAAACAAUUAUUAAGUGUUUAAACGAAACUUUAUAA